AGCUCUGUCCGCCGCUGGGAAGGCGGGGCUUCCUGCUGUGUGCAUCGAGCGCCUCUGUAGAUCCAGUUGCUGUGGUGGAUUCAGGGAAGCGAGCCGUGAAGACUCUCUUUUUCGGAACGAGGCCGUCCUCCUUCGUGGACUUCCGAGCGGAGACUUAGCCAUGCCGAACUCGAGGCCCAGGCCCCGCCGGGGCGUCGGGGGUGGCGCAGGUGCGGCCGGCCGGGACCGACUGGUGGCACGAUCCUUGCAGAGUGCUGAGCACUGUCUAGGUGACCAGGAUUUCGGCACUGCCUACGCCCAUUACCUUCUGGUGCUCAGCCUGGCGCCAGAGCUCAAAGACGACGUGAAGGAAACUUUUCAGUAUACACUUUUCAAGUGGGCUGAAGAGCUUCACACACUGAGUCGAAUACAAGACUUACUUGGUUGCUACGAGCAGGCCUUGGAGCUGUUUCCUGAUGAUGAAGUGAUUUGCAACAGUAUGGGCGAGCAUCUCUUCAGAAUGGGCUUUCGAGAUGAGGCGGCUGGGUAUUUUCAUAAAGCAGUGAAGCUAAACCCUGAUUUCAACGAUGCAAAGGAGAACUUUUACCGUGUAGCAAACUGGUUGGUGGAGCGCUGGCACUUCAUCAUGCUUAAUGACACCAAGAGAAAUAAGAUUUAUAAUGCUGCAAUCCAGAAGGCGGUGCGCUUGGGAUCCAAAACCGUUCUGGAUAUUGGCACAGGAACUGGAAUACUGAGCAUGUUUGCUAAAAAAGCUGGCGCACAUUCAGUAUAUGCCUGUGAAUUAUCCAAGACCAUGUAUGAACUUGCCUGUGACGUAGUGGCUGCAAACAAGAUGGACAAUGGGAUAAAGCUCCUACAUAUGAAGUCACUUGAUAUAGAAAUUCCAAAACACAUUCCUGAAAGAGUGUCCCUAGUUGUAACAGAAACUGUCGAUGCAGGUGUAUUUGGAGAAGGGAUUGUGGAGAGUUUAAUUCAUGCGUGGGAGCAUUUACUUCUGCAACCAAAGACCAAAGGAGAAAAUGGAAAUUGCGGGAAGUAUGGGAAAGUGAUACCAGCCAGUGUUGUUAUAUUUGGGAUGGCAGUCGAGUGUGCGGAGAUACGAAGGCAUCAUAGGGUUGGUGCUAAGGACAUUGCUGGUAUACAUUUACCAACAAAUGUGAAAUUUCAGAGCCCAGCCUAUUCUUCUGUAGAUACCGAAGAAACAGUUGAACCGUACACAACUGAAAAGAUGAGUGGAAUCCCUGGAGGAUACCUGCCUUUGACAGAGUGCUUUCAGAUUAUGAAAGUUGAUUUCAAUAAUCUUCAGGAAUUAAAAAGUCUUGCAACUAGGAAGCCACACUCUCUUAAUGUCCCUGCUAUUAAAGAAGGCAUGCUGGAUGCUAUUAUGGUCUGGUUUGUUCUCCAGCUUGAUGAUGAACACAGUUUGUCCACAAGUCCUAGUGAGGAAACCUGUUGGGAACAGGCUGUUUAUCCAGUACAGGCCCUUGAAGACUACUGCAUACAGCCUGGCGACCGAGUGACAAUGGAGGCAUCUUGUCAUGAUUGUUACCUAAGAAUCCAGGGGAUCCGUAUCUUGCAUUUGGAACAUGAAAUGGAAGUUAUAAAAAGUUUUACCAAGAGUAAAGACUUGCUCUCUCUAGGAAAUGAGGCCGAACUUUGUAGUGCUCUGGCUAACCUUCAGACCAGUAGACCAGAAGCCCUGGAGCAGACCUGUGUGUUAGAGCCCACGGAGAUUGCUCUGCUUAAUAACAUUCCAUAUCAUGAAGGCUUUAAGAUGGCAAUGAGGAAGGUGUUGUCUUCCCUGGCCCCGGAGCCGCUGUGCCAGCCCAUGGACACUCACUGUCAGUACAUGGAAAUGAACUCUGGGAGUGGACAGAGUGAUGCUGCACCAAGCACCUCUGACCCUUUCUAUGUGCUGGAUGUGUCUGAAGGCUUCUCUCUUUUGCCUAUACUUGCCGGAACACUUGGUCACGUUAAGCCCUACAGUUCAGUGGAGAAAGACCAGCAUUGUACCGCUUUGGACCUCAUAGCCGAAGCCAAUCACUUCCCGAAGGAAACACUUGAGUUUUGGCUGCGACAUAUAGAGGAUGAAGCUGCAGUAUUGCAAAGGCCCAAAUCAGACAAAUUGUGGAGCAUAAUUAUAUUAGAUGUCAUUGAGCCAUCUGGGCUUAUUCAGCAAGAGCUAAUGGAAAAGGCUGCCAUAUCCAGAUGUUUAUUGCAGUCUGGAGGCAAGAUCUUCCCCCAGUAUGUGCUAAUGUUUGGAAUGCUUGUGGAGUCCCAGACGCUGGUAGAAGAGAGUGCGGUUCAAGGGACAGAACAUACUCUUGGGCUAAACAUAGCACCUUUUAUUAACCAGUUUCAGGUGCCUGUCCGGGUGUGUCUGGAUUUAUCUUCUUUGCCAUGUGUCCCUUUAAGCCAGCCAGUGGAACUGUUGAGAUUGGAUCUGAUGACUCCAUAUUUGAACACUUCCAAUAGAGAAGUAAAGGUCCGUGUGUGCCGGUCUGGGCGAGUGACCGCUGUUCCAUUUUGGUUUCAUUUGUGCCUGGAUGACGAGGUCAGGUUGGACAGCUCAGAUGAAGCCUCCCACUGGAAACAGGCUGCAGUGGUUCUGGAUAAUCCCAUCCAAGUACAAGAGGGAGAGGAGCUCGUACUCAGUGUUGAGCAUCACAAGAGCAACGUCAGCAUCACAGUGAAGCAGUGAGACUGAUCGUACAAUGACUGUGAAAAUGCUUGGAAUCGUCAAACGUGGUUAAAGGCUGCAGUAAUAAAGCCCGUGUGAAAAGUCUUAAAGCGCAUGUAACAUGGUUUCUAAAAUGUAGACAUAGUGUUCUAGA